UGCACUGGCCCUGCUGCCUGCAUAAAGCUAUUUAUCUAGUGGGCUGCACAUAAGGACAAGCGUCCAUGGCUACACGGAGGUCAUGCCACUUCUUUAAAUUUAACUUAUGUUCAUGUAUGGGUCAGAUUAGACAUUAACGUUUCUUUUGUGUGUGUCACAUGCGUUCAACAUCAUUAUCCAACCGUGCCAGAAAUGGUCGCUCCUAGAUACCAUCUCUGUUAGCUGGGAGUCGUCUCUACUUUUUUUGUCGCCAUGAACAGAGUACGUAGAGGUCCCAACGACUUUCCAGGUUACAAGCCACUUGGCUGUAACUCAUCUAUUCCAGUGAAGUAUCAAACUGUUGUCAUCAAAAAUGAAGAAAAGAAAGGCUUUAAUUCCAAGGCUAAAAGAUUUCUUUUCGAAGACAUCAUGAAUGAGAAUCCUGGACCUGGCACUUAUUUAGCACAUACCCCUGCAGAGAUCAGGAGUCCAUCGUUUUCCAAGAGGGGCACAGGAGGAUUUGCAUCUCAGGCUCGCAGAGCAGCGUGGAGUUUACAAAGAGGCAACCCAGGACCCAAUGCAUAUAAUCUGCCAUCCAGCUUGUUGCAGAAACAGACAUAUUUGAAGGGGACCACUGGAAACUUUCGUCUGCCUAUUGCAGUCCAAUCUGACUGUCCGCCUAACAGAAAUCCCGCUCCAAACCAAUACAAUGUGUCUUACAAUGGAGUUGAAAAAAAUGCAACCACAUCAGCCCAGUCUGUCUUCCUGUCCAAGACGGCAAGAAAUACGGUUAACUUAAGUGUAUUGAAAGGACCCUCACCCUGUCACUAUAAUGUCAAUGACACCAUAACACAGAAGGAUGCAAAAGUUCCAUAUUCCUCUUUUAAAUCAAACAUCCCCCGGAAUCCACUGACGUCAACAUCUGAGGUCCCUGGACCUGGGUCGUACAACCUCUAUGAAACCCCAGAGAUGGUGAAAAGAACAACUCUGCCACGGAGACACUAUCUUGGACUCUCAGCACCUCCUCUGAAACCAUUGAAAGACCCACCAUUCCCCGGCCCAGGCCAGUAUGAUAUUGUGGACUUCCAGGGACCUCCCAAACAUUUCAUGUCCAGCGCUGCAUUUGUGUCAGGAACAAGCCGGUGGAUACAGCAUGGUAAAGGACAGGACCAGCCUGGACCAGGGUUUUAUGACCCCACGAUUUUCGCGAAGAGGUCAUUUAUAUACAACCAUGGAAGAAACUGGGUACCAGUAUGAGCCAUAAUACGCCAUUCAAUAAUGAGCAAGGAUGCAGAAAUGUCAAGCAGUCUGAUUCUGAAAUAUUAACUCUAAAAAUAAAUUGUGCCUUCAUGCAUUACCAUUUCA